AUGGCUCCACCUUUCUUUUCUGAUAUUUCCCAAAAUAUCAAUGGCUUAUUAAACAGAGAUUACUUCCAUAAUACCCCAGCUGCAUUCUCUUUAAAGACCAAUACCAAAAACAAUGUAAAUUUUUCUGUCAAUGCUAGACAGAAUAUCAGAGAUGGUCCAUUGAGUACUAACAUGGAAGCCAGAAUGUCAGAUAAGGCUACUGGUUUGACCUACACUCAAGGUUGGUCUAAUGAAAAUAAACUUAAUACAAAGAUUGAAUUCAAAAAUUUAGCACCUGGUUUAAAGACUGAACUUGCCUCUACUUAUAUCCCUAACGGAAAUAAAAGUGCAAAGGUUAAUCUGAGCUUUGUUCAACCUUUUUUUGCAAGUAGAUGUACUUUUGAUCUUUUAAAGAAUCCAUCGUUUGUUGGUAAUUUGACUCUAUCACACGAAGGUGCUGUAGGUGGUGCAGAAUUUGGUUAUGAUAUUAUAUCCGGUACUUUAUCACGUUAUGCUGUUUCAUUGGGUUAUUCUGCCAAGUAUUACUCCUUAGGUGUAUUCCUUGAUGACUCUAAAUUAACCUCAGUUUCAUUUUUCCAAAAGGUAAGCCAAGAUCUUCAAGUUGGUGCUAAAGCUACUUUAAACCCAAAGAUAUCUUCCAAUGUAAAUAUGGAAUUAGCCACACGUUACCUUCCUGAUGAAACAUCUCAAAUUAAAGCUAAAAUCACUGACAUUGGUAAAUUAACUCUGUCAUAUAAACAAACCAUCAGAGCUGGGGUUACUUUAGGUAUCGGUGCCUCUAUGGAUGCCUUGAAAUUAAAUGAGCCUGUUCAAAAGAUUGGCUGGUCCCUGAACUUUUCAGCAUGA